AUGUCUGCAGAUAGUACAGUAGCAAAAAACGAUAAGAAUCUUCGUUUGUUGGUUGUCUCCAACAGAUUGCCUGUCACCGUGAACAAAGAUCAAAAGACAGGUGAAUACAAUUUCAAAAUGUCGUCUGGUGGUUUGGUUACUGGGUUGAGUGGUUUGAAGAAGAUGAUGUCUUUUACUUGGAUUGGUUGGCCUGGUUUGAAUGUUCCCGCCGAGGACAAAAAGGGUCUUGAAGAGAGAUUAUUGAAUGAAACCUCAACUAUGCCCGUCUUUGUCGAUAAUGAUCUGGCUGAUUUGCAUUACAAUGGUUUCUCUAAUAGUAUCCUUUGGCCACUCUUCCAUUACCACCCUGGAGAAAUUUCUUUCAAUGAGGAAUGGUGGGAGGCAUAUCAAAAGGUCAAUGGCUUGUUUGCUGAAGCCAUUGCCAAGAUUGUUCAAGAUGGUGAUCUUGUCUGGAUUCAAGAUUAUCACUUGAUGCUGUUGCCAUCUAUGCUUAGAAAGAUCACCAAGAAGAACAUCAAGAUUGGUUGGUUCUUGCACACACCUUUCCCCAGUAGUGAGAUCUAUAGAAUUUUACCUGUGCGCAAGGAAAUCUUAUUGGGUGUCUUGGAGAGUGAUCUCUUGGGUUUCCACACUUAUGACUAUGCCCGUCAUUUCUUGUCGUCAUGUACUCGUAUUCUGGGCCUUUCCACAAUGCCAAAUGGCGUGGAAUUCGAAGGAAGAUACAUCCAUGUCGGUACUUUCCCAAUCGGUAUUGACCCCGAAAAGUUUACAGACGCCUUGAAGGAGGACAAGAUUCAAAACCGUAUCCAGCAAUUGAAAAAUAGAUUUGGUGAUUGUAAAGUGAUUGUAGGUGUUGAUCGUCUUGAUUAUAUCAAGGGUGUUCCUCAAAAGAUGCAUGCUAUGGAGGUUUUCCUUAGUCAGCAUCCCGAAUGGGUCGGUAAGGUCGUGCUUGUUCAACUUGCUAUUCCCUCUCGUGAAGAUGUCGAGGAAUAUCAACAAUUGAGAAGUACCAUCAAUGAAUUGGUUGGCCGUAUUAAUGGUCAAUACGGUACUGUCGAGUUUGUUCCUAUCCAUUUCAUGCAUCGCUCCAUUCCUUUCGAUGAGUUGGUCGCUCUUUACGCUGCUGCAGAUGUCUGUCUUGUCUCCUCCACUCGUGAUGGUAUGAACUUGGUUUCUUAUGAGUACAUCUCCUCCCAACAAGAAAAGCACGGUGUGUUGAUUCUUUCUGAAUUUGCUGGUGCCGCCCAAUCAUUGAACGGCUCCAUCAUUGUCAACCCUUGGAAUACCGAAGAAUUGGCCAACGCUAUCCAUGAAGCUGUUACUAUGCCCGACGAUAUCCGCAAGGCAAACCAUCAAAAGUUGUACCGUUAUGUUACCAAGUACACUGCUGCUUACUGGGGUGUCAGUUUCGUCAAUGAACUGAGACGCGUAAGCGAAGAGUUUGGCCAACGUAUGUCCAUCCCUCAAUUGGACUCCAAGACUGUCAUCACCAAGGCCAAGGAAGCCACCAAGAAGAAAUUGAUUUUACUCGACUAUGAUGGUACUUUGACCACUACACACAAGUUGCCUGAAUUUGCAAAGCCUUCCCAAACUGUGUUGGGUCAUUUGAAGACCUUGGCUGAACAACCCGAUACCUACGUCUACAUUUUGUCUGGUCGUUCUCGUCACCACUUGGACAGCUGGUUUGAAUCCACUGGUGUCGGUCUCUCUGCUGAACAUGGCUGUUUCUACAAACAUCCUGCUAGUAUUCGCGACAAGAUCAAUCCUGUAGCUGCAUCUAACGAAGGUAAAUUGAUAAAGGAGGAGGAUAAUAAGUGGUACUGUCUUGUGGAGCAAGUUGACCCUAGUUGGAAGGAAACUAUUCGUCCUCUCUUCCAACAUUAUACCGAACGUACACCUGGUUCAUUCAUUGAAGAGAAGGAAAUCAACUUGACAUGGCACUACCGUAAUGCCGACCCUGAAUUUGGCUCAUGGCAAGCUACUGAAUUACAGGUCAACUUGGAGAAGUUGUUGAGUCAUAUGGCUCUUUCCAUUGUGCUCGGCAACAAGACCUUGGAACUUCGUCCCUCAUCUAUCGAUAAAUCCACUGCUGUCCGUAACAUUCUCAAGGAUUUGGAUCAACCUUCCAUUGACUUUAUUUUGUGUAUUGGUGAUGGUAAGACUGAUGAAGUUGUCUUCUCUCUCUUGAACGAAAUUCCUCAAGCUAUCACUUCAACUGUUGGCAAGAAGCAAACCGAGGCACAUUAUUAUAUUCCUGAUGUCGAUCACGUCAAUAGUCUUGUUGAUGCUCUCGGACACCUUUAA